AAUGGUUGAGAAGUUGGACAAAAGUUCAGUUUCUGAAGGCCAGCUGACAAGGCAUUUCCAGAAAUCAUUCCCACAGUGACUAUAGCUGAGUGGUGUCAGGGUAUAAAGGAACCACCCAAGGGGCUCAGACCGCACAGCACAGAGCCUUUUUGAAGUCACUUGUGCCCCAAACCCUCAGGAGCCAUGCUGCUCUUGCUGACCUUGGCUCUCCUUGCUGGUGCCACCUGCAGAGCCCAGAAUGUACUGGGCAAUAAUAGAGGCGGCAGAUAUUUCUACGUUCAUGGUGAAGAGAAGGGGGAAAUCAAGACCAUCCGGAUCUUCUAUUCACUAACAAGACUCCUCAAGGGCAUCCAGCUGCAGUUUCACAAUCACUGGAGUGAUGUUUAUGGAGGCCAUUCAGCAAGUUAUGAAGAGUUUCAUCUGAAGGAUGGAGAGCAUGUAAUAAAGGUACAAGGCAGCGUGGGAAUCUGCCUGAACUCUCUGACCUUCAUUACCAACAAGGGGACUGAGUUUACCUUUGGAAAAAAACGUGGCCAUCAAAUUGAGGCGAAUGGAGGUCCAGACAAGCAUCUACAGACUGUCAAUGGCAUGUAUUCAAUGCUCUGCCUCCGUGGGAUAGGCUUCAAAUGGACUCAUGGACCAGAGAAGCCUCAAAGAGAACCAACGAUCAUCCCUGGCCCUGACAAAGAGAAGGAAGAUAGCAAAGAUAAAGACAAAGGCAAAGAUAAAGACAAAGAUGAAGACGACAACGAUGAUGAUGAUGAUGAUAAUGAUGAGGACGAUGAUGACAACGAUGAUGAUGAUGAAGAUGACAAGAAGGAAGAUGAAAAAGAGUCCUAGUGGACUCAGAUCUCAGUCCUGCAUCCCCAUAUUGUAUGACCUCUCAGUCAAGCUCACCCACCAGGAGGGACCAGGGUCCCAGGUGACCCUGGGCUGGAGGAGGCAAAGCCCAAAAGACCCUGUAUCUCUGUGUCCAAUAAACUUUGUGCAUCCAUAUGAGCCUAAGUGGUCCUUGUCACCAGAUAGGAUGGUUUGAGGUCCCCCAGAGCCUCCUGUACCUCCCCACUUUUUGGACCUGCACCCUUGCACUGAGUCAGGGUUCACACAGAAAGACCCUAGGUCAACUCAGCAGGCCUGAGGGCCCCAGAAUGAGGCCAGCAUCCAGCCACUGCCUGUCUCAAAGCAACUUGGGGUCUGCAGGAAGAGCUCAAUGUGUGUUGACCAAGCUGGUGGGGCCUGGCUUUGCAGUGGUCCCCUGUAACUGUAUUUGAGCAGGUGCCAUUGUCUCCUGUUCCUCUCCAGACCUCCCGAUCUCCAACCACCUCUUCCCUUCCCUUGUCCUGUCCUGGGCACUAUCCUCCCUCACAAAGCUAGGCUGCCUGUGUAAGUAGUAAGUUGUUACCACUCAUUUUCAUAUGUGGUACUCUUGGAGUUCAUCAGUUUCAGACCAGCAGGAGGUACUGAGCCCCUCUCUCCCUAGCCCGGAGCAGGAGAGUUCCAGGCUGUCUGCUAUGUGACUGUACCCAGGGCCAUUUAAGGGUCCAUCUGAAGCCCCAAAUAUUCAUCAGAUAAGGCUCUGUGUCCUAAACCAGUAGGACAGGGAAUUGGGGAUGGGCCAAGUCCUAGCCUAUGGGAGAAGAGGACAAGAAUUUCCCAAGAUUGGAGGACUUUAAGAACCAUUGUCCUUACAGGCAGGACAAAGGCCUUGUGGCUGGGUUGGUGUCCCAGUCUCCCCACUGAAAGACUUGCCUGACUACAGAAGAUGACCUGUUCAGGUUCAUAUCCCCCAUUAUUAGGAGUCUUUGUUAGGGUCACCCUCAUAGACUCCAGGGAGUUUCCACUGCACUAGGUUUUCAUAUUCCAUAUUCCAUAGACUCCCCCUCCCAAUUCCAGUCUUUUCUCUGUGUACUCUCUCCCUCCACCCCACCCCUGGCUUGACCCUCCUCUCUUCAUCCCCACAAGCCCCCAGUCCACCUGCAAAGUCUAUUCUAUUUCCCCCUCCCAGGGAGAUCCAUGAGUCCCCCCUUGAGCCCUUAUUGUAACUUAUCCUCUCUGUGUCUGUGGAUUUUGCCAUGGGUAUCCUUUACUUUAUAGCUGAUAUCUACUUAUAAUUGAGUGUAUACCAUGUUUUUCUUUCU